CGCCCAAAAUUUUUGGAGGUACGAGCAGCGAUUACAGGCCGCGAUAAUCAUUCGAUCAGCGGCUCUCACUUUAUCUUUUUUUAUCUUUGCUUCUACUCCAUUCAUAAUCUGUGAUUCUUCUUUUCUUCUUUUCUUCUUGUCUCUUUUCAUUUUCAUUCUUUCUUCUCCUUUCUUGCCAGCACAUUCUAUCCCUCCCCUUUGUGGUCUUCCGCACCACGGACCCGGUCUGCGGUGGUCUUGAUUCUGCCAUGAGUCUGACCUCUCGCGUGGUCGGUCUGUUCUCAACAGCAGCAACACCAGGCAGUCCCGGCACCGAUACGCCGGUCUCUUCGCCCGAGGGGUUUGUCUCCAUCGCGUUGGGCGUUGGAGGCGGACAAGAGGAUGUCCCGUCGCACGUCGCUGUGCGGGAGGAGACAGAGGAGACAGAAUCCCGGCCGGCAUAUAUCCAUGCAAUGUUCGCGGGUGCCAUUGGCGGAACAUGCGGUGAUAUGUUGAUGCAUUCGCUUGACACGGUCAAGACCCGGCAGCAGGGUGACCCUCACUUCCCCCCGAAAUACGCCUCGAUGACUUCCUCCUAUGCCACGAUCUACCGACAGGAAGGCCUGGCGCGUGGGCUGUACGGCGGAGCGUUUCCGGCCCUCCUGGGUUCUUUUCCGGGGACGUUGAUCUUCUUCGGCGUUUACGAGUAUACGAAGCGGUUGAUGUUGGAUCAUCAGGUCAAUGCCAAUUUGGCGUAUCUUUCUGGAGGCUUCUUUGCCGAUUUGGCCGCUUCCGUCGUCUAUGUUCCCUCCGAAGUGUUAAAGACGCGGCUACAGCUUCAGGGCCGCUAUAAUAAUCCCCAUUUCUACUCUGGCUACAACUAUCGAUCGACUGCGGAUGCGUUCCGCACUAUUGUGCGCCAAGAGGGUCUGUUGGCUCUCUUUUACGGCUACAAGGCGACCAUCUUCCGCGAUCUCCCUUUCUCUGCCUUGCAGUUCGCCUUCUACGAGCAGGAGCAGCGGCUGGCUAAGGCGUGGGUUGGCCAGCGGGAUAUCGGGUUGGGAUUGGAAAUCCUCACGGCUGUCACGGCCGGCGGCAUGGCGGGCGUCAUCACUUGUCCAUUGGAUGUGGUGAAGACCCGGAUCCAGACCCAGCAGAAUCCAGACUCCAGCAGCGGCAGUACGUCUCCUUCUUUAAGACAUCACACUCAACCCACAACACAAUUGUCAUCGUCGUCUUCGUCAAAUCCUCUUCGAACGCAUUCGCGCCCGAUCUCCACCUCCUCUCCUUCGACCUCGGUCCCGCCACCUGGUGCUCCCCGACUAGACACCUCCUCGGUAGUUACGGGACUGAAGAUGAUCUACCGCACAGAAGGCUUCGCCGGCUGGUUCCGCGGGGUGUUCCCCCGCGGUGUCUGGACAAGCAUCCAGAGCGGUACCAUGUUGGUGAUGUACCAGUAUCUCCUCAAACGAUUCGAGACCUGGGGGGGUAUGGAGGAGCUGAGUCCGUUAUAAUACCGCACACGUGGACGGCCGCAUUGCAUCAGACCAUUAUACAUAGGCAUCGGCGAGAGUAGUUUCGUUGGCGGGGCGUUCUGGUCGAGGGAGAUCAUUCCCCUUGUUUUUCUUCUUCUGUUCUUUUCAGUGGACACACACAAAUUAUGUACAGUAUAAAUAGAAUGUGUGUGUAUCAUAUUCAUGUAUACAAUAGAGCUAUAAUACUAUUGUAAUAUUAAACACUGGUG